CACUCUUUGCUCUUAUUUGUACAAUGGAAGCUGGAGUCCCCAUGCUUAACUGUCUCAUGCAGCACACCUUACGGAGCUUGUGUUCAAGUUCAGUUCAGAUUCUUCCACUUCUUCAAAGUGGGUUUAUGCUGUGUUUUGAAGGAAAGUGCCUCGAAAUUAUCCACCACCAAAGUGGGAUUACGGAGGGAGUGCUCUUGAUCGUUCCAAAGGAAACAAAAGGAAUUGGAUUCUUGUUUGGUAAGAUGGUUUAUGUGACAUCCUUGAAUGUGAGAGUGGUGGAAGUGGCUUUGUUGAAGGGAGGUUUGGAGCUCAUAUUUUCAUCAAAUUGUCUCAUGGAGUCUAUAACUAUGGAGAAGGAUUAAUAGGCAAAAUUGCAGCAGAUAACAGACACAAGUGGGUGUAUAAAGAAACCCCAAAUGACAAUGAUCCU